GUGGGAGGAGGUGGGGACCGCCCGCGAGAAGAGCGGGAAGAGGCAGGCUGCGAGGCCAAGAUUUCAGCUGCGGGACGGUCAGGGGAGACCUCCAGGCGCAAGGAAGGACGACCGGGGUGACACGGAAGCAUGCGACGACUGCUGAUCUUGCUGGCCCUGUGGCUGGACGCGGUGGGCGUGGGCAGCACCGGGCUCACAGAAGCCCAGCAGCAGGGCCUGCAGGUGGCCCUGGAGGAAUUCCACAAGCACCCCCCCGUGCAGUGGGCCUUCCAGAAGAUCUGUGUGUACAGCGCUGAGGACAUGCCCUUCCCAGCUGGAAUAUUUGUGAGGCUGGAAUUUAAGCUCCAGCAGACAGACUGCCGGAAGGAGGACUGGAAGAAGCCCCACUGCAAAGUCAAGCCCAAUGGGAGGAAGCGGAAAUGCCUGGCCUGCAUCAAACUGGGCUUUGAGAAUGAGGUUCUGGGCCGGAUGAUCCACUGCCCCACAAAGACACAGGUUCUGCGGGAGCCUAAGGAAUACCAGGAGAACCAGUGCAUCAAGGUGCAGCGGGCUGGCGAGGACCCCAACAGCUUCGGCUUCCCUGGAAAUGCUGCUCUUCUCCGUGGGCCUGCCCAGCACUGAGCUGCAUGGCACCUACAGGACCACUGCCAGUGCUAACCAGUGGAAGACCCCAGCUCCCAGAGAGAAGACCCCAUUCUAUCCCCAGCCAUGAUAAUAAAGCUGCUCUCCCAGCUG